AUGGUAUCGUCCACGUCUGGAACAAUUAACCAUGUCACUUUCUCUUCGAAUGAGAAUACGAUGGAGGCCAUGACGCCUUCUUCCGUUAAGUUUGUACCUUUUCUCAGUAAUGAAGAGCGGGGAGCCAUAGCAAUACUGAACUUCGUGGUCAUCUGUGGACUUGUCAGUUUGAUGGGCAUUGUAGCCAACGUCAUCAAUAUAGUGGUAUUUGCGAAGCUUGGGUUCCAAGACUCCAUGAAUAUAAGUCUUACCGGCCUUGCUGUAUCCGACCUGUGCUCAUUACUGCUCAUGUUGUGGUGCAGUCUUAAUAACAACCCGGUUAUUGACAACUUUGGCCUGCCUGCUGUGCCUCAUGAUUUCGUACACUUGACUGGUGGCUGGCCACAUGCUUGCUUCGUCAGAAUUACUGGCUGCAUUACCGCUUUCAUCGCGUUCGAAAGAUGCUUGUGUAUCGCCUUACCUCUGAAGAUCAAGAGGAUUCUGACUCGACGAAGAACAAAGAUCACAAUUGUCUCUAUCUUUAUCCUCAUGAUUUGUGUCUUUUCCCCUUUCUACUACUCGACCAGACUGUCUUGGGUACUAGAUCCAGUCAGAAACACCUCACUACUGUCAAUAACCUUUGCUGAAGAAAGAGAAAUUGUGGAUUCCAUUGUGUUUAUGAUCCAGGGCGUAAUAAUUAACACGUUUACCUUCAUCACUGUCAUCUGUUGCACCAUCAUUCUCGUUAUUAAGUUGAACAGUAAGACAAAAUGGCGUCAAGCCACGGCUUGCAAAGGACUCGGUGGAAAAGAGGAAUUUGGGGCCAAAGAAAAAAAGGUUGUGAAGUCUGUCAUCCUCAUUUCCACAAUCUUUAUAGUUUGUUUCAUGCCAGCGGCGGUGACUUUUCUUGCCAUGUUUCUAGAACCAGAAUUCAAUGCUGGAGGGAAAUAUGAAAAUUUAUGUAUUGCCGCUGCCUCAUUUGUGUUCACAAUGGAAACAGUUAAUUCCAGUGUUAACAUUUUUGUAUAUCUGAACAUGAGCUCAAAGUACAGAGAAAUGUUUAUGACAAUCUUCAAAAGGUAG